AUGAGGGUGAGAUAUGAGUCCUCCUUCAUUACAGAGUCUCAGAAGCCUAGCGUCUUCCCCGAGACACGGAAACAUGCUUCUUCUGGCUCAUCGGAGCCCCCAAAGGUGGCCUCAGACAUUUGGAAGCCUGUCCUCUCUAUUGAUGCCGAGCCUAGGAAGUCCAUACUGUUUCCUGAGCCCACCAAAACAGUCCUUCCUGCUUCUCCUGAGCCACGGAAACGUGCAUUUUUCCCAGAGUCCCGGAAGCAUGUACUUUUCCCUGAGCUUCCCAAAUCUGCUAUGUUCUCCGAUGCUCAGAAGGCUGCUGAGCUUAGUGAUGAGCUACAGCUGGAAGCUGUAGAUGAUGCAAAAUGUGGUAGUCUGGUCCAGGAAGGGCUUUUGGCUACGCCUAAGAAACUGUUAGAGGAUGCUUUAUUUCCUGCUUCCAAGAAGCUCAAGAAAGACAGCCAAGAGAACUUGGAUGCUGAGCUCAGUAGCAGUGAGUACAUCAGAACAGAUUUAGACAACAUAGACAAAGGCCAGGAGUCAAGCAGCGACCAAGAGCAGGUGGAUGUAGAAUCUAUUGAUUUUGGCAAAGAGAACAAAAUGGAGAUGAGUAGUCCAGAGCAGUCCAAAAAUGUGCUUCAGUUCAGUGAAGAGAAGGAGGCAUUCAUUUCUGAGGAGGAGAUCGCAAAGUACAUGAAGCAUGGAAAAGGGAAAUAUUAUUGCAAAAUCUGCUGCUGUCGUGCCAUGAAGAAGGGUGCUGUUUUGCACCACUUGGUUAAUAAGCACAAUGUCCAUAGCCCGUACAAGUGCACAAUCUAUGGGAAAGCAUUUCUUUUGGAGUCACUCCUUAAAAAUCAUGUAGCAGCCCAUGGGCAAAGUUUACUUAAGUGCCCACGCUGUAAUUUUGAAUCAAAUUUCCCAAGAGGCUUUAAGAAACAUUUAACUCAUUGUCAAAGCCGGCACAAUGAAGAGGCAAACAAGAAGCUGAUGGAAGCUCUUGAGUCGCCAUUGGAAGAGCCACAGAUGUGAUUACAGACAAUACUUGCUUUGCAGUGUUUGCCAAACUUGUACUUGAUGAGUAGCCUGUGGACUGUGUAUGUGUGCUGUAUCCUGUCCGUCUGGAUAGUGUUACACAGAAUAAGCACUUGGUUACUGCUUUUUCCAUAGGAUCUCGUUGAUGUGGCUGGCUGUUUUAUAAGUCAAUACAUUUCUGUUACGUAUUCCAGAUGGAUAUAACUCGUUAUCCUUAAGCUUAUUUUAGUCAUAAGGAGUGGGAGAAGAUAGGCAGGUUCAUUUAGUAAACAAACAAGUUUAAACCUAACUAAAACCUUUCUUCCCCUUUCUUU